UCAAUUCCCUCGCCAUUUCUUUAGCGUAUGCUAUCGAAGUCCCAAAUUGCUAGAGACAAGGAAGCCAUAGCUCCAAGGUCCUAACAGCAUCAACACGGAAAGGAAGGUAACUAUUGUUCCUUUCCUCUACAAUGAUUCGAUUUCUUUGUCUAAAGGUGGCACAAAUAAAGCACAGGAAUUUACCUGUUAUACCUAGCAACGGCAAUUUGUUCACAACAUCUUCUCCCAAACCCAUCACUAACCUCCCAAAAUCUGGAUUUCCACAAUCUCUUUCACUUUCUUACCUCCAAGAAUCAUGUGGACUUUCCUUACAAGCUGCCAUUGCAGCUUCUAAGAAGCUACAAAUAGAAACUACAGAAAAUCCUGAUUUGGUCCUCAACUUGCUCAGAACUAAUGGUUUUACUCAAAUCCAAAUCAAGAAUUUGAUCUCUAAACGCCCAUUAUUGUUAUUAGUUGAUUUAGAUAAUACCCUUAGGCCUAAUAUAGAGUUGUUUAAAUCUUUAGGGUUUUCUGGUGCUACCCUUCCUAAAAUGGUUAGCAAGAAUCCAAGAGUAUUAGAAGUUGAUGCAAAGACAGUUGUUGAGUUCUUUAGAGAGAAUGCUUUUAGUGAAAAACAGAUAGCAACUUUAACUAUGAAGAGACCCACCUUGUAUGCGCAUAAUGUACAUAAAAAUUUUAAGCCAAAGUUGGAAUUUUUCAAGUCCUUAGGCUUUUCAGAGUUCGAUGUUGCAAGAAUGCUUUCAUCACAGCCUUACGUUUUGGAGAGGAGUCUGGAAAACCAAAUUAUGCCCUGUAUUAAGGUCCUUAGGACUGUCGUUGGAAAUGAUAUAAAUGUCCAAAAAGUAGUAAAGGCACAUUGUUCGAUUCUUGAAUUUAAUGUGGAAGAGUCGCUUGAGCAAAAUGUAUCAAUAUUGGUUCACCAUGGGGUGCCAAAGUCCCUAAUAUUGAAGAUGUUCCUGUGUCAGCCAAGAUCAUUAUUGCUAAAGACUGAUCGGCUCAGUGAGAUUAUUGGUGAAGUUAAGAAAUUAUGUUUUGAUCCCACUAAAUUGCUAUUUCUCUUAGCUAUUCAAACUAAGGCAACGGUGACCAAAGCACUAUGGGAGCAAAAGUUGGAAGCAUUCAAAAGUUUUGGUUUGUCAAAGGAUGAGAUUAAUCUGGCAUUUAAGAAACAACCCAUGUUUAUGCUUACUUCAGGGAUGAAAAUAAGAAAGUUGAUGGAUUUCUAUGUGAACAAAGUAAAUAUAGAGCCUUCAGUGAUCUCUAAGAAUCCCAAUCUUAUACUCUUUAGCCUGGAGAAGAGGAUUAUACCUAGAUGUUCAGUUCUCAAAAUAUUGAUGUCGAAGGAAUUGAUAAAGGAAGGUGUUAACCUUAUUCAUGUAUUUCAAAUGACUGAGAAGAUGUUUGUGGAGAAAUUAGUUGCCAAGUAUCAAAUUUUGGUUCCUGAAGUUGUCAAGGCACGUCAAGGCAGGAUAGAAUUUCGGGGCUUUCCAAGAAAUUUGAAAAUGCAAAUGCUCGUUAAUACAUGAAAUGACUAGGUGUUA